UGUCGAUCUGUCCUGCUGGGAACUCAGGCCAUCAAUAUCGUCGAUGAGCAGCAAGGCCUCUGGUGCAAAGAGGCCAUCACGGCCUCCGUCGUCUGCUUCGGCAUCGUCGUCAUCGUCAUCGCAAGAUAGCCAGAACACCGUCGCCCGGGCUGACCAAGGCGGGCUGGUCUUGCGCAAGCUGCAAGCGGCGCUGUUGAAGCACACCUCGCCCGAGCAAUCGCUGCUGAAUUGCAUCCGCGAGGCGUGUGCGCCCACCCUUUCCUCGCCCGAUUUUGAAGCCAAGAUUCGCAAGAUCAAGCAGCUCUUUUUCGUCCGGGACUUUGGCGGCAUCUUCAACGACCCCGAGCUGGUGCCGGCAUAUUCAGCCGAGUACAUCCCUGGACGGGCACUCUGCUACCGCGAGUUGUUCACGGCCCACGACGAGCUGCGCCAGGUCCUGCUGAAGGACCAGGGCCAUGUAUUUGCCCUUGGUGCUGGCGCCGGGAGUGAGCUCGUCGGGCUGGUGUCGGCCAUGCUCGGGAUCGACAAGUUUGCGACAUACAUGCAAAAGAGGACGGCAGCCUCGGCCGCUGCGGACGAGAUCCCUGGAUCUGAAGCUGAGAAACGCAAGCUGCCUCGGCUGACCCUGCACUUGCAGGACAUUGCUGACUACAGCUGUGUCCUCCAGCCCCUCGAGGCAGCCAUGAGGACGCACUACCGCCUCCCAGAGACCCGCCUGACGAUCGAGUCGUCCGUCUUUGACAUCCUGGACGAAUCGCCCGAAGCCAAAGCGCUGCUGCUGGCCCACCUCUCAAAGGCGACGCUGGUAACGGCCAUGUUUAUCUUGAACGAGCUGCUGGCCAACAACAAGAAAGACUGCGUGCGACUGGUCACGCAGCUGGUGCGGGAAACCGCUGUGGGCUCGCUCUUGCUGGUGGUGGACUCGGCGGGAUCGUUCUCGGAGGUCAAGGUCGGACAGGGCAACUACAUGAUCUACCACCUGCUCGACAGCAUACAGGGCCUGGAAGUGGUCCUCAAAGCCGACUCGCAGUGGUACCGGUUCCCCGAGGACCUCAACUACCCGCUCAGGCUCAACAACAUGCGGUACUUUCUGCGGCUGUAUCGCCGGGUCUGAUCCAGCCAGCACCCAAUACACCCACGUGAUCCAGCAAGGCAACCGCUUCAUUUCAUUUUGGUUUUUUCUUUUUGGGCUGGGGC